AGCGGCCAUGAUAAUUUGUUAAUCAGGUAUAUCCUGGGUAAACCUGAGCGCGCUGUACAUGAUGCUCGGUACAUGAUACACUACCAUAAUAUUGUAUAUAUGGAGAGAAAUGAUAUAUUUGUGUGUUUGCGCUACAGGAAAGCACUAGAUCCAUCUAGUCUUAGUUACGACAGGCGUCACUUGGCAGGUGGUGUGUAUCUGUAGGGUCAGACCAGGCAUGGACGGAAGAGAGCAGGAGACAAUGGAGGAAGACGAGGAGUCCGGGUCAGAGGAGGCCGGGUCUGAAGUGUCGAGUUCGGAGGAUGAGGAUGAAGACGAGAAGGCGCUGCGGAAGGCUGCAGAGGAAGGAAACACGGACAGAGUGAAGCAGCUGUUAGCGGAGGGAGUCAACCCUAAUGCUGCUGCUGGCAUUUCGCAAAUGACUCCUCUGCACCGGGCAGCCGGGAGUGGCCACCAUGAAACUGUAUCGGCUUUACUGACAGCUGGUGCAGAUGUGAACGCACGGGACGAUGAAGUAGGUAGACUGACUGCUGUGACGCAGAAACAUUUUAUAUCUCUUAUGGGAUUUGACAUCUAUCUUCAGCUGUAUAGCAGUUUACUUGGUAAAUUCCGUUAG